AUGUGCGUCCUAGGUUGGGGCCUCUCGCCUUCGCGGUAUUCAAACAUCUCACAGAAAUCCCAUUCCUCCUAUCAUCACUUGUACCCUCCGACAACAAUGAAGACUCACCUGCCACGACUGAACGAACUCCGGAAAGUACUGGCAUUGGCUGAGAAGAAAUCGCAUUCCGGUACCUGUUUGAAUGCCUCACACGACACUGAAUCAGCUCCGCCAGAUGAUAGGAAGCCGAAGUUCCAGGCUGUCUUGGGUGAGGGCAUUUUGACCCAUGAAAACGGUGCAAGCGACAGAGAUGCAAUGUCGGAGGUUGACAGCGUGCUCACAAAUGAGCUUCCUGAGUAUUCUAAUGAUGUGGCUGAUACGUCUACAAAGGCUCUCACGGUGUUGAUCUGCGAUCUCGAAACCAGAGUCUGAAAGCUGGAGGAACAGGUGAAGGAUCAAAAUCAGGAAAAUCACCGCCUGCACAGGAGAGUGAGCGGCAUUUUUGAGAGUGUCCUGAUCUCUCACACCAAAUCCCGUCGUUCAGCUCGGUACAAGGACAUGGAGUCGGAAUGAACGUCGCCGGGCGAAGGACAACGGAACGAACGUUUCUCAAGCCAGGCCGGGAUGGUACCAAUGGGACAAGGUCUGAGUUGCGUCGCCUAGAAUUACUGUCUUUCACCAAGCUUGUCCGGCCGGAUCUAAGAUCUGCUCGAAUCUAG